GUGUAUGGUAUAGUUGGCUAAAAUCUCAGAAGCUAACCGCAAAAGUGGGGUUCCAUCUCCACACCAUACUACCGCUGAUACCUACAUAUAGUUUAUUCCAAUUCAUAUACACAAUCUGAAUUCAAAAAGCCAAAGCAAAGUUUAAGUUUUCGGUCGGUGGCUGGCACUCACUUUCGGAAGUUGGAACGAUCAACAACACAAACCUUCGACGACGUGAACUUUAAGACCCCCGAGAUCGCAAGCAUACCCAUAAUAACACUGCCAACGAUACUCUUUCAAAGUUUGUCACAAAAUGCACUUAUAGUUUAAAGCCUAUCUCCACCUAUACCUCUACGAGUACCUUUUUAAUUCAAUUCGAUCUUUCGUGCAAGAAAUAAAAGUGAAAACGUUUUGCUCGACAACUACAUUUCUUACAUUUUAAUAUAGUGCGUGAUCAUUCUAUAAUUCAUAAAUGUUAUCGUUUUUUUUGUACGCCCUGUGCAAGCAUAACCUCUCGUAAUCAUCCAGCUAUCAAGAAAUACAAAAUUUUUAUAUUUUUUUGUUUGUUUAAAGUUUGGAACUUAAAAUUGUCUUUUGUAAAGACUUUCGAUUUCGUUUGUUGUUUUUUCUUUUGUGCGUUACGGUCCUAAACGAAAAAAAGAAGUUAUUUUAAAUAGUUUUUAGUGUCUUUUGCUUUAUUGUGUGUGUUACACGUUUGUUUUACAAGAAAUCGCAACAAAAUUCCGAAUGUGGAUAUAACAACGGCUAAUUAUUGGAUUAUAGCUCAUCUUUGAUUAUGGAAACUCAAAUAAUAUGGAUAUGUUUGCUUUCCAUGUGCAUGAGUCUUCUCUUGAUAACUAAUGGACAAGGACAGCUAAUUCCUAACAGUUCAGCUAAUAGUCGAGCAUCUCCUUUUCAGUCACAAUUGGACAACGUUUUUUCAGAUGAAGUUUUCGAUAGCAAACCAAGGCUUGCGAGAAGCUUAAGCCAAGCUUCGGAGAAGCUGAAAAAUGAAAGUGAUGAUGACAGCGACGAUGAUGAUGGAGAUGGCGAUGAUGAUGAUGACAGUGAUUAUAUUUACUAUGAUGAUAAUAGUGACAGUUCCAGUGCUAGUAACGAAUCUGAAGGACGAUUGCUGUCUCAAUCGGCUUUCAAUAGAAUUUCCGAAACUCUAGGUGCUUUAAACACAGUUGGUCACUUUAUUGUAGACAUGACAAGAGGUGGUCAGGACUCAAAAUCAGAAUCGGAUGAAGAUCAUUUGAGAACAACUACGAGCACAACACCAGUCCCUCCUUUGGAUUUGGGAAAGAUUAUUGGAGUAACUAGAAAUGAUAGCAAAUUACAACCUGAUCCAAUCAAACGUAUAGGACAGUCUGACGGAGGGAAUAUUCAAACUUUUGUGGAAAAUAAGAAGAAAAAAAAGAAGAAGAACAAGGUUAAGAAGCACUCUUCGAGUCCAUCAUCUACCACUCCUACUGAAAAAGAUGUUGAGACAUCAUCGACUUCUCGUUCAACUACAACCACAACAACCUCAAGACCGACAUUAGGUACAACUGUAGCAAGUUUCGCUCCGACUACAUCUACUCCGAUUUAUAUUCCAGCGAUUGUUGAUGAUUCAUUGGCAAAAGACGGUGAAAACCGUUGUAAGACCCCCAAUGGCCGACCGGGCAGAUGUGAAGACUUGAGUAGUUGCCCGGCUCUUUUACUGAAUCUUAGCAGCUUGCGGGAAUCUUUGUGUUUCAAGAGUCUUUUUGUUCCGGGUGUUUGUUGUCCACUGACUGAAAGUACCGUUUUGACUACCCAGCGGCCAUUAAGAUUGACACCUAGACCAACCGCAGCAUCAACAACAAUCAGGCCACCAACCAAAAGGCCAGGCUCACCCAAUUUAAUACUUAUUCCACAAAUUAAGCCAGCUUCAACAACAACAACAACGUCAACUACCACGUUUAGUCCAAUUGAUUCAUCUGCCUUAGGUCCAGACUCGAAUGGUUUGGACAUAUUGAAUGGAGGAGUUAUUGACCAAGAUGACUGUGGGCAGCAAGAGCACUCUACGGGACGUAUAGUUGGUGGUACCGAAGCUCCAAAUGGACAAUGGCCAUGGAUGGCUGCAAUCUUCUUGCACGGGCCAAAACGUACUGAAUUCUGGUGCGGUGGAUCGUUGAUUGGUUCGAAAUAUAUUUUGACUGCUGCUCAUUGCACAAGGGACUCAAGGCAAAAACCUUUUGCUGCGAGACAAUUUACUGUUCGAUUAGGAGACAUUGAUCUUUCAACGGAUGAUGAACCUUCGGCACCAGUUACUUUUGGAGUGACUCAAGUUCGGGCUCACGAAAGAUUUUCACGUGUUGGCUUUUAUAACGAUAUUGCAAUUCUCGUCCUUGAUCGUCCUGUUCGAAAAUCCAAAUACGUUAUACCAGUUUGUCUACCCAGGCUUGGACGAAUGCCACCGAAAGAUCGAUUACCCGGUCGUAGAGCUACUGUUGUAGGUUGGGGCACAACCUACUAUGGUGGCAAGGAAUCAACGUCCCAGAGACAAGCAGAGCUGCCUAUUUGGCGAAACGAAGAUUGUGAUCGGUCAUAUUUCCAGCCGAUAAACGAAAAUUUCUUAUGUGCUGGUUAUUCUGAUGGUGGGGUUGAUGCUUGUCAGGGUGAUUCUGGAGGACCGCUUAUGAUGCGCUACGAUGCCCGAUGGGUUCAGCUGGGAAUUGUUUCAUUUGGAAAUAAAUGCGGAGAGCCCGGUUAUCCAGGAGUUUAUACAAGAGUUUCGCAGUAUUUGGAAUGGAUUCAUAAUCAUACCCGGGAUUAGGGUGUUUCCCUCGAAUGCAUAUACUUCAUGUAAGAACGACUACAAAAAGGAACCUAGUCCGUGAUAGAAAUAAUAAUCAUCAUAAUUUUUAGAUAAAUGUACCUUUCAUAUUUAUUAAAAACUUUUAUUAAUUAAAAAAAAAAAACCGUCUAUAGUGGUAACAUCUAACUAAAUUAUUUUUGAAAUAAAUCAACCCAUAAAAUUGUA